UUUAAUUGGAUUCGAAUGCUAUGCUAUCAAAUUCAACAGAAAGAACGCGCGCGCAAUCAGUAUAAAACAAGACCGGUGCAGGGGCGCUCGCGCAUAUUCGGGUGUAUUUGUGUAUGUUUUAAUCAAUAUUUGUUAUCUGUAUGUGUUAAUCAAUAUCAUUGCACUGGAAUCUACAUCAAUAUAUCACCUAUAAACAAGGGUGUUCCCUUAUACAACAAAAAAGAAACAAUGGCUCCAGAUACUGAAAGAUAUCAAUCGAGUUUUCCUCAAUUAAGAUAUCCUCCAUUAAGGAACGAAAAUCCAAAAAUAUCACGACGAUGGUUAAAAGGCAAACAAAUGCACGAUGGCGCUGAAGAUCUAUGGAGGAUUUACGACAAUCUUUAUGAUUUAACUAACUUUAUUGAAAAACAUCCUGGUGGAUCCCAAUGGAUAUCAUUUACGAAGGGCACAGAUAUAACCGAACUAUUCGAAACGCACCAUCUAAAAGGGUCAGCUGAGAAAAUUCUUCCAAAAUAUUUCAUAAGAAAAGUCACAACACCAAGAAAUUCUCCAUUUACAUUCGAAGAGAACGGGUUUUACAAGACAUUAAAAGCGAAGGUCAUGGAAAAAAUUAAGGAUAUACCUAAAGAUGUCAGAAAACAAAGUGAUGUUGUGACCGAUUUAUUACUUGUAGCAUGUAUAAUUUUAAGUCCUUUGAGUUGUUGGGCUUGGUCACAAAGUUACAUUCUCGGUGCGUCCUUAACAGUUCUCAGCGGCUUCACAUUAAGCGGUUUGAUUACUUGUGCUCAUAACUACUUUCAUCGCGCUGAUAGUUGGCGUAUGUUCUUAUUCAAUUUUGGCGGACCAUCUUACAAGGAAUGGCGCAUUUCACAUGCAAUGUCACAUCAUAUGCAUACAAAUACUCUGCAAGAUAUAGAAUUAACAAUGUUGGAACCGUUUCUUAAGUUCAUGCCUUACAAAGAUAAAUCAUUCUGGAUUCAAUUAGGAGCUUUUUACUGGCCACUUAUAUAUCCAUUUUCGCAAAUAACACUGAUGACUGUAGAAUUUCUAUCAUCUAUAAGAAAACUCGAUGGUAAAUAUAUACAUUGGUCACACAUCAUACCAUUAAGUCUACCGACUUGGAUGUGGUUAGCGUCACGGAUGCCUUUUACUAUAGUUUUACCUGUUUGGGCUGCCACAAUGAUGAUUAGUAGCUUUUACUUCACAGUUUACGGUCUGACAGCUGGACAUCAUGCCCAUACCAACUUUUUUGAUGGGGAUAUACCCAGAUCCGAAGUUUUGGAUUGGGGAAUUCAUCAACUGGACACUAUUAUUGAUAAUGAUGAUCACACCAGUCAUUUUACGUCGCUCACCCGAUUCGGCAAUCAUGCUCUUCACCAUUUAUUCCCAACAUUAGAUCACGCAGAACUUGUUUAUCUGUACCCAACAUUAUUUGAACAUUGCGAAAAGUUUGGAAUAGAAAUACGGAGAAAUACAUUUUAUCAAGCACUAAUAAGUCAUUCUAAACAGCUGUGGAGGAAACAACCUAAUAAUAUGAAGUCUAGAAUGAAGGAUGUAAAUUCUAAUGCGGUUCGAUUGUUGAAUAGUAUGGGAUCUUUAUAUUAAAUUAUCUAAACAUGAAGUUUUAAAUACAGAGUUGUGUAGCUACCUCAUUUCGCUAAUUAAUAGUUAUAUAUAUAAAUUAUUUUUACAUGGAAAAUAUAUUGUGUACAACUAGUCAAAAAACAUAUGUUUUACAUGUCGUCUAAUUUAAUAAACCAAUGAAAUAAA